AUGCCGCCAUCCGGUCCGUGCCUUCCGCGUGGCCGGCCUCCGGACUUCUGUUGCCGCCACCGCCUUCCGCGUGGCCGGCCUCCUAAACAGUUUGCGUGCCGCCACCGCCUCCCGCGUGGCUGGCCUCCUGAACUGUUUGGGCGCCACCAUGACUUCUUCACGGCUGGCCCUCUGGACUGUCUCAUCCUGGCCUUCUGUGCUAUCGGCCCCUGGGCAGGCCACCUGAGUGAGGCCGUACCGAGGCCCGAGCCCGAACAGAGCCCUGUCCGACCCAAACCGCAGGGGUCAGAUGCUGCCUGUGGAGAUUCAUCAUCCGAGCUAUCCGCCAAACUGACGCGUAGGCUGGACAUCAACGAGGGCAACGCUGCACCACGAGCGACCCGGGUCUUCAACCCUUACACCGAGUUCAAAGAGUUCUCCCGCAAGCAGAUUAAGGAUAUGGAGGGAAUGUUCAAGCGUGUGUGUGUACACUUUAAACUGUCUACCUCUCUGCAGUUCCUGUUGAUUUUCCGGAGAGCAGCAGCUGGAGAACUGCAAGAAGAAAGUGGUCUAAUGGCAUUAGCAAGACUUUCUGAGAUCGAUGUCUCCACUCAGGGUGUUAUGGGGGCCAAAGACUUUUUUGAAGCCAAGAUGCAGGCUCUGUCUGCCGGUAGCAAGUUUGAGGCUGAAAUUCGAGAGGAAAAAGAAGAACGCAAGAGACAAGAAGAGGAGAAAAAACAACGACAUGCUGCCUUCAAGCAGCUGCAGUCCACCUUCUGCUCGUAACCCACCACAGAAAGCAGAUGAUGCAGAUUGCAAAGUUCAGUGUUACUGAAGUUUUAGAAACACACUCCUUACUUAGACUCAAACCCGUUUCAAAUUGUGGCACUUAAAUAAAAAACUGAUUAAUUAAAUUAAAAUUAAAUCUUGACUAAAAUAAAAAACAUGUCAUAACUAGGCACAGGGUGAAGUCCAGGAUAUGGUUAGCCUUGCACAAAACUGAUACCUUGUAUAUUGUAUGUUCGACCUCUAGACCAUCUGAAAUCCGUCUUUGGGGUUUUUUUUCUGUUUGUUUGUUUUGAGUUUUGUGCUAUAACCUUGUUGAUGAACAGUAGUUUGCAAUCCCACAACUAAACAACCAUAAAUAUGUUUCUGUUUACCUACAGAGUAAAUGAAGAUGUGUUGUAGACCUAGGCUAAGGACAACAACUGUACACUGAAGUUUAGCCGUAUUGCUAAAAGCACACAGAAGACGGCUUCCAUUUAAUCAUGCUUGCAUGUUACAGUACUAUUUCUCAACUUUGCCUUUGCUAAGACUUCGUUUCUAAUGACCCUAGGAAAAAAAAAAGAUGUUCUCAAGUGGAGGUCUGAUGAUAAUCGUAAUAGUGGCAGGAGACAGUUUUCUAAGUGGCGUCUCUUUAGUUAUCCUCUUUCGUAAGGAACCAUCUGUAUAAAAGACCAAUGAGCCAUUGUUUGAAUAAUUCCUUUGUGAUGAUUUGUGCACAGUAAUAUGGUGUAAAAGCAGUAGCAAGCACCUUUACUGUGACCAAACAGUAUGUUUGUGAGCAGCAUCUCAAGUACAUGCAAGUUACAAGGUCCCAGGAGAAAUGUGCCCAUCUAAUUUGAUUUUACAGGUUCCCUCCUGUAAAAAGACAUAUCACAAAUUAAGAUGUGAAAGGUCUGGUGUCUGUAGACUACGGGAUAACAAAAAAAGUACAAGCUGUCACUUCAGUGCCCGAUUACACUGAAAAGAUGACCCAGAACAAGAUAGAAAACAUCCAGUUCUUUUUUUUUUUUUUUUGUAGCUCCAGAAAAGUAAAAUCUUUAUGUGUUAUUUUCAAAUGCACUGUGGUGUUUUGGUGUAAGAAACAAAAUGUUAGGGAGAGUUCAGUCAAUAUACACUGGUAACCUCACUACUGUUUUUUUUUUUUGCCAAUGAGCCAUUACCUAUAGGUUUUUAACUGACUUCAGAGACCGCUGAAAUUCAGCUUAAUUUCCAAAUAGGACAAAUGCUGAUUUUUAUGUUGUGACUGUGAAUUACAGUACUAUUCAGUACGACUAAGUCUUGGGCCAUCGUUCAUUUCUUUAAACUUAGGUAAAAUGUGUAGUAUUUGAGGUGAAAAAUGAAUCUAUUUUGGAAAAAAGAUGUAAGCUGACAAAGUGUGGAACAAGUGAGUACCUUUAGAGGCACUGUAACAGAAAACUUGGCAAACAACCUAUUUUCUGUGGCAUUUCAUGCUCACAUCAGGUGUCUGACCUGGUCUUGUUUUUCCCAUUUCAGAAAUAGGGGUAACCUCAGGACUGUUGUCUCAAAAUGUGAACUGGAGAUUCUCAUCCAUGCUUUGAUCUCUACUAGUUCAAAUUAUUGUAAUACGCUGUUUUCUUGUCUAAAGCAUGUAGUAAUUGCUUCUAGUCCAUCUAAAAUGCUGCUGGAAGGCGUUUAACUGAUGUUAAAUCUUCUCAAAACAUCUUUACACUGGCUUCCUGUCAGGUUCAGAUUUUAGUUAAAAAUGUAUGCCCCAUCUGUAAUGUCCAUUUUAUUUAUGUAACACCAAAUCAAAACAACAGUUUCUUUAUAUUGUAAGGUAAAAACCCUAAAAUAGUAAUAAAGACCUGCAGUAAUUCCCUGAUUCUCCAAGCUGGGUUCUUAAGCCCAGGUAGGGGUCUUCUUGCUAUCUCACGUGUUAGUCUGAAAACAAAGAACAAUUGGGUGUUUCAAUCCUUUGCUCCAAAAUACUGGAACAGCUUAAUCCUCUCUUUUUACACUCUUAACCCUGUGACAUUCUUUAAAACAGCUUAAAGACAGGCACUUAGCUAAUGUUUUUGCAUACUGUGGUGUUUUACUGGUUCAUGUAAAAACCAGUUUGACUUUGCACAAGCUGUCACUUACUUGUUAAGAACCAAUUCAAGUUAUUCCUUUAGAUACAGUAUUUUAUUAUUAGCGGCCUGUCACAAAAAUGCAUAAUUUACUCUGAUUUAAUUCCAACAGAGCGAUUUUCAAAUUGAUGGAGUUUGAUUAGAGUUAGAGAGACAGGACAAAAGACAUGCUGUGGAAGAGAGCUACGUUACCUGAUCCAUC